AUGUUUCAAACGGUUUCGGUUUCAGAAAUGAUUUCAGCUGUUUCUGGAAAUAGCACCGCAUGCUGGUUAUGCCGUGAUGAUGAGGGGUUCGGUCCUAUAUCGUACUUCGGAGACUUUACCAUUUGCUUUAUUGACGGUGUACUAUUGAAUUUUGCAGCGUUGUUCAUGCUAAUAUUUGGUACCUAUCAGUUAGUUAAAUUGAGUAAAGCUGAGCAUCCAGGGGUGAAAUACAAACAUGAUUGGUUGUUGCUCUCAAGAAUCGGGUUAGUUGGGUGUUUCUUGUUAUUCACUUCAAUGUCCGCUUACUAUUCUAGCGAAAAACAUGAAAGUGUAACACUAACUUCCCAAUAUACAUUAACUCUCUUAUCCAUAUUUGUAGCGUUAAUGUUACAUUGGGUGGAGUACCACAGAUCAAGGAUUUCUAACGGGGUAGUUCUCUUCUAUUGGUUGUUCGAAAGUUUAUUUCAAGGAUCCAAAUGGAUUAACUUCAGUAUCAGACAUGCUUACGGUGAUGAACAUGAAUUGCCCGUGUCAUAUUCCGUGUACAUUUUAACUGUGUUCCAGACCAUCUCUGCUGUGAUGAUUUUACUAUUGGAAUCAUUAUUCGAAAAGCCAUUGCCUUCUUAUCAGAGAGUCAUAGAAUCCUAUUCUAAGCAAAAACGUAAUCCAGUGGACUCAGCCCAUAUAUUCCAAAGAUUAAGUUUCAGUUGGAUGACAGAAUUGAUGAAAACAGGUUACAAGAAAUAUUUGACUGAGAAGGAUUUAUACAAGUUGCCAAAAAGUUUCGGCUCAAAAGAAAUCUCCGAGAAAUUCGGCGAGCGCUGGCAGUAUCAAUUGAAACACAAGGCCAAUCCAUCUUUAUCUUGGGCGAUGUUAACUACGUUUGGUGGUAAAUUACUCUUAGGUGGUACUUUCAAAGUUGCUUAUGAUAUUUUACAAUUCACCCAACCUCAAUUGUUAAGAAUUUUGAUCAAGUUCGUUUCAGAUUAUACUUCCACACCUGAGCCAGAACUUCCUUUAGUCAAAGGUGUCAUGUUAUCUUUGGCUAUGUUCUUUGUAAGUGUAGUUCAAACGUCCAUUUUGCAUCAAUACUUCUUGAACGCUUUCGAUACGGGGAUGAAUAUCAAGAGUGGUUUGACAUCUGUAAUCUAUCAAAAGGCCCUUGUUCUAUCAAAUGAAGCAUCGGCUUCUUCAUCUACCGGUGAUAUUGUUAAUUUAAUGAGUGUUGAUGUUCAAAGAUUACAGGAUUUAACUCAAUGGGGCCAAAUUAUUUGGUCCGGCCCAUUCCAAAUUGUGUUGUGUUUGGUUUCUCUAUACAAGCUUUUAGGUCCAUGCAUGUGGGUUGGUGUUAUCAUUAUGAUUGUCAUGAUCCCUAUAAAUUCUGUUAUUGUGAGGAUACAAAAAAAAUUGCAGAAAAUUCAAAUGAAGAACAAAGAUGAAAGAACUAGAGUCACUUCCGAAAUCUUGAACAAUAUUAAGUCCUUGAAAGUUUACGGGUGGGAAAUCCCAUACAAGGCCAAAUUGGAUCAUGUCAGGAACGAGAAAGAAUUGAAGAACUUGAAGAAAAUGGGAUGUACAUUAGCAUUGGCUAAUUUCCAGUUCAAUAUCGUGCCUUUCCUUGUGUCAUGUUCUACCUUUGCUGUUUUCGUAUACACGGAGGAAAGACCAUUAUCCACUGAUCUAGUCUUCCCUGCAUUAACUCUUUUCAAUUUAUUGUCAUUCCCUCUUGCUGUUGUUCCUAAUGCAAUCUCUUCAUUUAUUGAAGCAUCUGUGUCCAUAAAUAGACUCUUUGCAUUUUUGACUAACGAAGAGUUGCAAAAUGAUGCCGUUUUACGUGAACCAAAAGUAAAGAAUAUUGGUGACGAAGGUGUUAAAGUCAACGAUGCAACUUUCUUAUGGCAACGCAAACCUGAAUAUAAAGUUGCCUUGAAAAACAUAAAUUUUGUUGCCAAGAAAGGUGAACUAACAUGUAUCGUGGGGAAAGUGGGUAGUGGUAAGAGUGCACUUAUUCAAAGUCUACUAGGAGAUUUGAUUAGAGUGAAGGGUUUCGCAACUGUUCACGGUGACGUCGCCAACGUUUCACAGGUUCCAUGGAUUAUGAAUGGUACUGUUAAAGAUAAUAUCUUGUUUGGUCACAAGUAUGAUCCAGAAUUUUACCAGCUGACUAUAAAAGCGUGUGCUUUGAGUAUUGAUCUCUCUAUGUUGCCAGAUGGUGACCAGACUUUAGUUGGUGAAAAAGGUAUUUCUUUAUCUGGUGGCCAAAAAGCAAGACUAUCGUUAGCCCGUGCCGUUUAUUCUCGUGCUGAUACUUACUUAUUGGACGAUCCUCUCGCUGCUGUAGAUGAGCAUGUCGCUAAACAUUUGAUUGAACACGUUUUGGGUCCACACGGUUUGUUGCAUUCCAAAACAAAGGUGUUAGCAACAAAUAAAAUUACUGUUCUCUCCAUUGCGGACUCCAUUACUCUCAUGGAAAACGGCGAAAUCAUUCAGCAGGGAAGUUAUGAUCAAGUUAAUGAGUCAACAAACUCUCCACUAUCGAAGCUUAUUGCCGAGUUUGGGAAGAAGGGUAAACCAACUCCUUCCCAAUCUACUACUUCCUUGGCAAAAUUAGCGUCGGAAGGAAUUGAAUCUUAUUCAGACUCAAAGAUCUCUGAAAUUACCGUAGAUAUAAAUCAGUUGGACACCGAAAACUUAUCUGAAGCUGAAGACCUAAAAUCUCUAAGAAGAGCUUCUUUGGCAACCUUAGGCUCAAUUGGUUUUGAUGACAAUGAAAAUAGCGCCAGAAGAGAACACAGGGAACAAGGUAAAGUCAAAUGGGAUAUUUAUAUGGAGUACGCCCGUGCGUGUAACCCCCGCAACGUGUGUGUGUUUUUGGGUUUCCUAAUCCUCUCGAUGCUGUUGGCCGUCAUUGGUAAUUUCUGGCUCAAACACUGGUCAGAAGUCAAUACUGAGAAAGGCUAUAACCCCCAUGCCACAAGAUAUUUGAUGAUUUACUUAGCUUUAGGUGUUGGUUCCGCUCUGGCAACAUUAAUACAGACUAUUGUUCUAUGGGUAUUCUGUACUAUCCAUGGCUCCAAGUAUUUACAUGAUGCAAUGGCUUCAAGUGUUUUAAAGGCACCUAUGUCUUUCUUUGAAACAACUCCUAUUGGAAGAAUUCUAAACAGGUUUUCGAAUGAUAUUUAUAAGGUAGAUGAAAUUUUGGGUAGAACGUUUGCUCAAUUCUUUGCAAAUGUUGUUAAGGUCUCUUUCACCAUCGUUGUUAUUUGCAUGGCAACUUGGCAAUUUAUCUUUAUUGUGUUACCAUUGAGUGUAUUGUACAUCUAUUAUCAACAGUACUACUUGAGAACCUCAAGAGAAUUGCGUCGGUUGGAUUCUGUUACUAGGUCACCCAUUUAUGCGCACUUCCAAGAGACCUUAGGGGGGUUGACUACCAUCCGUGGGUAUUCUCAACAGAACCGCUUUGUACAUAUCAACCAAACCAGAGUUGACAAUAAUAUGAGCGCAUUCUAUCCUAGUGUCAAUGCUAACCGUUGGUUGGCAUUUAGACUUGAAUUUAUCGGAUCCGUGAUCAUAUUGGCUGCAUCUAUGUUGGCUGUUAUUAGACUUGGUAAUGGAACUCUAACUGCUGGUAUGAUUGGUCUAUCAUUGAGUUUUGCUUUGCAAAUCACUCAAUCGUUGAAUUGGAUUGUCAGAAUGACUGUGGAAGUAGAAACUAAUAUUGUUAGUGUUGAAAGAAUCAAAGAGUAUGCAGAAUUGAAGAGCGAAGCACCAUAUAUUAUUAAAGACCAUAGGCCACCAGCAUCAUGGCCAGAAUCAGGUGAAAUAAAGUUUGUGAACUACAGUACCCGUUACAGACCAGAACUAGAAUUGAUUUUGAAGGACAUUGAUUUACAUAUUCACCCAAAGGAGAAAAUUGGUAUUGUUGGUAGAACAGGUGCUGGAAAGUCAUCUUUGACACUUGCCCUUUUCAGAAUUAUCGAGGCAGCUUCUGGUCAUAUUGUGAUCGAUGGUAUCCCAAUUGAUUCUAUAGGUUUGGCUGAUUUGAGACAUGGAUUGUCGAUUAUCCCGCAGGAUUCUCAAAUCUUUGAAGGCACAGUGAGAGAAAACAUCGAUCCUACUAAUCGGUAUACCGAUGAAGAAAUUUGGAAUGCAUUGGCUUUAUCACACUUGAAGGAUCACAUACUGGGUAUGGGAUCUAAUGGUUUGGAGACCAUGCUUACUGAAGGUGGUAGUAAUUUAAGUGUAGGCCAAAGGCAAUUGAUGUGCUUGGCUCGUGCCUUGUUGAUUUCAAGUAAUAUCUUGAUUUUGGAUGAAGCAACUGCAGCUGUUGAUGUUGAAACGGAUCAAUUGAUCCAAAAGACGAUUAGAAACGCAUUUAAGGAAAGAACAAUCUUAACAAUUGCUCACAGGAUUAACACAAUUAUGGACAGUGAUAGAAUUAUAGUGUUGGAUAAAGGUAGAGUAACAGAGUUCGACACUCCUCAGAAUUUGUUACAGAAGAAGGAUUCUAUUUUCUAUUCGUUAUGUCUUGAAGCCGGCUUAACGGAGUGA